GCGGAUAAACGCGAAUUUCUGCCGGUGACAUGUGAUAGAGUUACUGACGCUUCAUAUAGCAGGAGUUCAGCGAACUAGAAUUUGAAAUGGGAGAUUGCCCCUCGCCUGACACUGACUUUGGAACAGAAACCAACUCAUCAUUUUUCUUAAACCUUACUUCUGCACCAAGUCAAGUCCCUUUCAACCAAGCCGCCUCCAAUGAGCACGUAGAAAGACUAAAAUUCGUCGCCUAUGGCAUCGUGAGUUCAGUGAUCAUCGCGCUCGGAAUUCUUGGAAAUGCCAUCAAUUUAGCAGUCCUUACUAGACCAAAUCUUAAAGGAGUAACAUUCGUUUACCUAACAUGGCUAGCCAUAUCCGACUUGAUGUCUCUUCUUGUCAGUUUGUCCUCCAUGUUCAGACUUCAUGGAAUGCAGCCAAGAUCUUACGCAGCUGCAUUGUAUUAUUCCUACGUGGAAAUGCCUCUAGUAAAUGCAUUCAUGGCCAGCAGUGUGUUCUUGGUUGUGGCAUUGACAGUAGAUCGGUACUUUUCAGUAUGUUUGCCAACUCGGUUCAAAGAAGUCCACAACACUGAAAGAGCUAAGCGAUCCAUAGCAGCUGCAUACAUCUGCGCAUUUUUACUGUACAUACCAGUUUGUUUCCAGAAGAAGCCAGUCGCUGUUAGGAUCGCAAAUCAAACUGAGUACAUCGCUUGCGACAACAUACCUGUUGUGACGCACACUGUUUUUAAAAUUUACUUGAUGUUAAAGGAAGUAGUGGUUCGUCUAGGUCCUGUUGUGCUAUUGGCUAUUUUGAAUACCACCAUCAUCGUUACUUUUCGCAAGACAUUAGUUAAACGUCGUGAAAUGUUAAGUAUGUCCAAUGUGAACUCAGCAGCACAACAGCAAAGGGAUGGAAACAAGAAGUAUAGAGAAGAACAAAGACUGAUUAUUCUUCUAGCGGGAAUUGUGAUUUUAUUCUUUAUCAGUAUGACACCUGCGGCGGUAUUAACGAUUUUAAACAGCGACGAUAAGGAAUUUAAUUUUGGAUUUCAAUUAUUUAGGGCUAUAGCCAACGUGUUGGAGCUUUCAAACUAUGCGAUGAACUUUUACGUGUAUUGUAUGUGUAGUUCUGAGAUUCGGCGGACAUUUAUAGCAUUGGUUACUUGCACAAAGCCUACAGUGACCAUGAGUUCUGCAAGUAGUAAACCAUCUGUGGAAAGUAAUAAUAAGUAUUGAAGUUAAGAAAUAAAUAUGUGAAAUAAUUGUAGAGUAGCAAUACUUCUGCUGUACAAUGUACAUGCAAAGUUCAAAUCGGAUAUCACAUAAGACAUUUUAAUUGAUAUCUGAAAUUUUAUUUCUUGAAAUUGGUGAACAUUAAGAUUAAACCAAGAAAAUAUGUAGAUCAACUAUCUUGUCUGCCUUCAAAAUAGUAGCUGAAAAUCCGGUUCCAGUCCGAAUGUAUUUUAAGAUUUAGGUAUGAGCUAUUUCAAUUGUGUUUUAGACCAACUUUUUUAUUUAAAUUGAAAAUACUUGCCAAAAAUCAUGUUUCAGACAAGGAAAAAUGUAUUUCAAAAUUUAGGCAUUAUCUAUCUAAAUUGUUUUUUUAUCCAGAAAAGCGUUUUAAUAUCAACUGGUUAUACAUAAUUUUUAAAAUUUAUUAAAAAUAAAAAAUGAGUAGUAAAAUUGAUACGAGUGAAGAGCGUAACUAACGAUCGAAAAAUACCUUAUGAUACAAGACAUCAAUAAUAUAAUUUUUAACUCUUUUAAUUAUUGACGUGGCAAAUGUAUUUCGUUCCGUGUAUUGCUAAAGCAAUUAAACCAGUGAAAUGAAAUUAGUUUUAAAUGAUUUCAAUAAUUAAUAUAAUCAAUUUUUAAAACCGUUUUACCAUUAGGAGGCUCAGAAAACUAAUCAAAUUUCUAGUUCGAUAAUCAAUUUAUACAUGCCAAAAUUCUGAGGCUUUUAUAAAAAGCAUUCGAAUGACAAUUUAU